AUGUCGACAAAUAGUGUUUCUGAAAUCUUGGACAUAGACGACUAUCAUACCGAGUUGAAGAAGCCCGGAUUCCUAGUCAUAGACUUCUAUUCUACGCAGUGCCCGCCUUGCAAGGUCAUUGCUCCAUUCUUCGAGGAGAUUGCGGCAAAAACUGGCAAUAGAGAUGUCAGAUUCUUCAAGGUGAAUGGCCUCGAGGAGCCAGGCACGGCAGUGCAAAAGUCGGCGGAGGUGGUGUGGUGGCCUACAAUUGUUGUCUACAAUGACGGGAAGGAAGUGUGGAGAGGAAAAGUCCCCAACCCACCCUCUAUGCAAACCAUCAAGGAUCUGGGAAAGUUUUUAGACGAGAGGCUUGCCCAAUAA